AUGGAAAAUGCAAGAAAGGUGAAUGUUGGCAAAGGGUUGGAAAUCACAAGUUCAAGUGAUGGGUGCCCUAUUGCUUCCAUGAUGAAAGGGAUUGAAAAGGUUGUAAUGAGGUGGCAAAAUUCAAUUGGUUGGGCUUACGGGUUGAAGAGGUACAAAAACGUUAUCGAGAGUUUUAAAGAAUGGCUUCCAACUAGGUAUCGACCAUACAUUACAGAUAUAGAAAAUGUCCAGCCGGAUGGUAACUGUGGCUUCCGAUCCAUUGCUCGCGGUUUAGGGAUGGAGCAGAAUGAUCAAUGGUUGUUUGUUCGCCAACAACUUCUAGACGAGAUGAUCAUUAACGAGCCUCUAUGGAGACCUAUGUUCUGCAAUAUCGAUAACGAACUUUACAAUGACAUAUAUGACUCAAUAUAUCAUCUAGAAGUGGAACCUGCACCAUAUCGAAAGUGGAUGCAACUGCCGUAUGCUGGAUUGUUGGCUGCUCAGAAAUUCGGUGUGAUAAUCCAACAUUUCAGCAAUGGCGGUAAUCAAACAUACUUUCCCAUGUUUGAUGGUCCAACGACUUGCCGUGACCAUACCACCAUCUCGAUUGCUUUUGUCAAGAAUAACCAUUUCAUCCUUCUUAAGUUAACCAAUGAUUGUCCAAUGCCUCCACCGAAUGGACUUUGGAGUCUAUACAGAACCCCCGAAGCUAUAGAAUGGGAGACACUAUACGCGUCUCGUAUUCAACAAGGUAAGACAUUAAUGGCAAGUAACAAAAGUCAACAUAAAGAGUACAUAAACGUGUUUGGUUAG